AGACGGUUCCAUUAAAAUAAGCUUUUUUUGUGAAGGAAAUGCAUUAGUACCAAUCAACUGGGGAGAAAAAGUGUUAAAAUAUUAAUGGGAGAAGGCAGUAAACAACAAAAAUUGCAUUCGUGUGUGAAUUAUUUAACUAUCUUAAUGAAAGCCUUGUGAUAUAACAAAAACAAAAGACAUAGACAGCUCAGCACAUCAACGCCAGAAAAUUUGCAAAGUCUAACUGCGAAACGUGUUAGUCGUCGUUCGUUACAGCAAAAACAACAUCAACAAAUACACAAAUACCAAACGCGGCCAGGCACCAAUUCACAAAGUGUAGCGAAAUAGUUAAACAAGGCCGCGCGGAAACUUUAAUAAAGAAGAGAAAAGACUGCUGCUCUCUAUCCCUAGAGAAAAUUUCCAUUCUUUUUGGCACUUGUGAAACAACACCAUAAAGAUUCCCCUCUACCACUACCACACUAACUCAUACACACAUUCUCAUGAAUUGCAUAGUAUAAGAAGACAUAACCCCUAAAAAUUGGCAAGCAAACAAUAGAAUAUACAGGACAUCGCAUUGAACCACAAUUUUGCUCUGAAUUCGUGAAAACAGCCAGGAGAAAAGAAAAAAACAAACAAAUCGUCGUUGUGGUGAUUGUAGUCAAAGUCAAUUAUUACACUUAAGAUCAAUUUAUCCGUACAACACAAACCAUAUACCCAGUGAAAAAAGAAAACUGAGCUGAACCAAAACAAAACAAAGAACAAAGAAAGAUGUCUUCAUCGAAUACUAACAGUUCAUCUGCCUCUUCGACUUCUACGUCUAAUGCCGCCAGCUCAACGAACAAUGCCAUUGUGCCUGUCGCAUCCACCAAUUUCGCUGCUCUGAUGUCGUCGUCUUCAACGUCGGUGCUCAGCGCGAGUGGCACUUGUAGCUUCAAUGGUGUGCUAAUUAGCGAAAUCCUCGAUGAAAAUGUUUUGGAAUUCCGACCUAAACAUAAGGGGGCGUGUUCAUUAAUAUGCAGCUAUGAUUCGCAAGGUGUACUUAUUAAAAUACCUUUGGAUUCACCUACUUCAUCAAAUACUAUAAAGGAAUAUUUGCUAACAUCCGACACUGAUUGUGCACAGGUUGGUCGGCAAACAUUUGCAGUUUCCUUCGAUAAUGACAACUACAUUCUUAGAUUCCCCUCGGAACAAGAACAACUAAGGUUCCGAAAACUAAUAGAUCAUGUCAAAAGACUGCGACCAAAGUCAGUAUUCUCACAACGAACAGAAGAGUCUUCCGCAUCACAGUAUUUUCAAUUCUAUGGCUACUUGUCGCAACAACAAAACAUGAUGCAGGACUAUGUUCGUACUAGCACCUAUCAAAGAGCCAUUCUGGGAAAUGCUAUGGAUUUCCACAAUAAAAUCGUUUUGGAUGUUGGUGCUGGUUCGGGCAUACUUUCUUUUUUCGCUGUUCAAGCUGGAGCUGCAAAAGUUUAUGCCAUUGAGGCUUCCAAUAUGGCUCAGUAUGCCCAACAAUUGGUGGAAUCGAAUAAUGUGCAAGACAAAAUCUUUGUUAUGCCUGGCAAAAUAGAGGAAAUUGACUUGCCCGAACAGGUCGAUGUGAUCAUUUCAGAACCCAUGGGUUAUAUGUUAUACAAUGAACGUAUGUUGGAAACUUAUUUGCAUGCACGUAAAUGGUUAAAACCAAACGGAAAAAUGUUCCCAACACAUGGUGAUUUACACGUUGCUCCGUUUUCGGAUGAGGCUUUGUAUUCAGAGCAGUAUAAUAAAGCCAAUUUCUGGUACCAAUCAGCAUUCCAUGGCGUCGAUCUGACAGUACUUCAUAAGGAAGGUAUGAAGGAGUAUUUCCGUCAACCCAUAGUGGAUACCUUCGAUAUUCGCAUAUGCAUGGCGAAAUCGGUACGUCAUGUCUGUGACUUUAUGAGGGACAACGAGAACGAUUUACAUAAUAUUGAUAUCCCCUUGGAAUUCCACAUUUUACAAACUGGUAUUUGCCAUGGUUUGGCAUUUUGGUUUGAUGUUGAAUUUUGCGGUUCCAGCCAGCAGGUUUGGCUGUCCACCUCCCCUACAGCCCCGUUGACACAUUGGUACCAAGUGCGUUGUUUGCUGCCCAUGCCCAUUUUUAUCAAACAGGGACAAAUUUUAACUGGUCGUGUUCUGCUCGAAGCAAACAGGCGUCAAUCAUAUGACGUAACCAUAGAUUUACACAUUGAAGGCACAUUGAUAUCGUCUAGCAAUACAUUAGAUUUGAAAAACCCAUAUUUCCGUUAUACUGGCGCUCCAGUGCAAGCACCACCCGGCACUUGUACACAAAGUCCUUCUGAACAAUACUGGUCUCAAUUAGACGCUCAAGGCCAACGUACAACUGGCAUGGUUAAUGGCAUGGCUGUUAAUGGCCUCACCGAUGUUUCUAUGGACAUUUCUCAUACGCUUAUGCAUCAUCCUCAGUCGUAAAUGUAGUCCACAACAAGAAGCAAGAAAGCAACCUACUAACAAUCAAUCACUACAACCCUACUCACUCCAUUUUACAAGCAUAAACAAAUUUGUUUCCCUGAAAAGCCCCUAAAAGGCCCUGCAUUAUAUUUUAGAACAGCAAAACACACACAUAUACACCACACUUCUCCAUAUUUUAGUUUAAGCCCAAACUUUAGAUGUUUUAAUUUUUUUUACCUCUACAAAACGUAUAUAUUUUUUUACAAAUAUUUAGAAAAAUUUUUGUUUAUGUUUAAAUAUUUAUUCCAUUAAUUUUUUACUUUGUUACCGCACAGACAACUUUUUCGCAAAUACAUUCUCGAAAUUUAAUUUUACCAAGUUCAAGAGAAUAGAAUUACUGUUUAUGUUUAAUGUUGUAAUUUUGAGAAAUAAUCAUUUUGUUUUCCUUUGUAUUUUUUGAGGUCACUAUUUUAAAACUGUCUUUUCUUCUGUAUUGUCAUUAUGUUGCUUUAUCUUUAGUUUUUUGCUUUUAUAAAUAAGACAAACUCAAAAUUAUUUAAGGAAAAAAAAAAAACAAAAAUAAAAUUCCCAAAUUUUUUUGCCAUGGCAAACAAUAUUCGAAAAAGGACUUGUUAUAUGAAUUCUGAUUUAGGUGAAACUUGGCUAAAUGUCUAGAAAUAAAAUAAUUUUAAGUGCUGCUUUAAAAGUAAAUUGCUGUUGGAGGAAUCUAGAUUUAUUGUAUAUUCAUGCCUAGUAUUAGAACAAAAUUUUGGAUUUUGUGAAGUUGAUUCGAGAAACUUACCCAUUGUUCAAACGGGGUUACCUAAAUUUAUUGGCUUAAAUUAAACAAAGUCUUAAUGUUCGUAGAAACAUUAGAAAUAAAUUGAAAACAAAUUAAAAGCAUUUUUAAAAAGAAUAAUUGAGAUAAAUUUUCCUAUGACUGCAGCAAUUAGUUUUUAAUUUAUUUUAUGUUUGUUUACUCUAUUUUGUUAGCGAUCGCGUUUCAAAUGUCUAAAAGCCAAAAUCCAGCUGCCUGACUAUCCCGCUCUAUAUAUAUAUAUUGAUAUUGUAAAUGUCAUAUGUCUUAGCUAGGAUAUAUAAUUUAUAUAUAAACAUACAAACGAACACAGCCAUUAUUAUUUAAUUUAGUUUUUUUUUUUAGUUUUAAUUGUAAGCUAAAGGAUUAACUUUGGAUUGCUGGUGGUAGAUUUCAAGAACGUACACCAAUUCAGUGUUAUUUUGAGAAAUCUGCUAUGAUUUGCCUUCUUAUAAUUUAAGAUUAGAAAUGUAAUAAACUAAUUACAAUGGGA